UGCUAGUCGGCCUGGCUGGUCUGGUCUUGGUGUCGUGCUCAGAGUUUCGUUGGGGCUGCAACCAGUUUGCUGGCAUCGAUCGUCCUUUGCGCUCGUGCAUGCUGCGGCCAGUGUCUGUUCCGUGGUCGUAUUCGCAGUCGUAACCCCAACCGAUCCAAAACGAACCGAGAAGAACUGAACAGAUCCACACCGAAAUCGAUCUCUUAAGUUGACCCAAGUGAGGUUCUGUGAGUUGGUUCUCGCCUCCACAGACAAUCGCGCUCCGUCCGACUCGUGUUUUUUUUUUGCCCUACCUCUGGCUCGCUAGGCCUAAAAGUCUGAAAACGUCUUCGGUAUGUUGCAGACCUGAAAUGGAGUAUUCGCCGCAGAGCGCCACAGCUAACGAAUUUUCUCGCAGAAAACUAAGUGCCGUCUACAGUUUGUCUGGCAAAAGAUAACAAAAAAUUAUUAUUGCCGGUGGUGGUGUACUGGGGACACCCGAGUCUCUGUCUCGGUGCGGGUGCGGUCCCCGCUGGCGGUUCCACACUCGCUCUCACUCAGAUUCCCCCGCUCUGGCUGGCAUUUCUUCGUUCUCGCAGCUCGCAGCUCGCAGCUCUCGGAGACAAUCUCGCUUGCAUAACCAAGAGCAGCACACCUCCGAAGCAGAUGCAAAUGCAGAUAGACAUCUAGAACUACUCGCAGAGGUGGACCCGGCUGAUACUUCGCGCUGCCAGCGAACUGUUCUCAUUGUCUGCGGUGCUUAACAAUCUAUUCAAUCAAGAGUCUACAAAUAAGGGAUUAAUAACCAAGUGAAAAAUAACCAUAAACAAUAUAUACCAAUAUAUUAAAUAAAUACUUAAAACAUACAUUAAUCGAAUAAAUUUGACAAGUCCUUGAGCUAUAGCUGAAUAAUUUCGACGUACACAUGUAUAACCGCACUAAUAAUCAAUAAUAUUCUAAUAAAUUGUGCUGAAAGCUCUCGACGUGCGAGUAAAACUACUUUCCCCUCUUGCAAUCCGAAAAAUGCUUCCCAUAAGAAGCUCCUACAACUAGUCGGGGUAGAAAACUGUCAGAAACACAGCUACGGCUACGGCUACGGCUACAGCUACAGUCCCAACUGGAAUUGCCAAGAUCAAGGACAUUUGAAUAUUCUGGGAUGGUUUCGGAGGAGAACUGGAACAGCGACACCAUGUCUGACUCGGAUAUGAUCGACUCGAAGAACGACGUGUGCGGCGGGGCCUCCAGCUCCAGCGGGAGUUCAAUCUCCCCGCGCACACCGCCCAACUGUGCCCGCUGUCGAAACCACGGCCUGAAGAUUACCCUGAAGGGCCACAAGCGCUACUGCAAGUACCGCUACUGCACGUGCGAGAAGUGCCGGCUGACGGCGGACCGCCAGCGGGUGAUGGCCCUCCAGACGGCCCUGCGCCGAGCCCAAGCGCAGGACGAGCAGCGCGCCCUGCACAUGCACGAGGUGCCGCCUCCGUCGACGUCAACUACUGCCCUGCUGGGCCACCACCACCACGUCGCUGCCACCGCCCACGUUCACACUCAUCACGUCCAUCCGCACCACAGCCAUGGCCACCACUCGCACUCGCACCAUGGCCAUGUGCUGCACCAGCACCAGCAGAUAGUGGCUUCAGGCGCGGCUGCUCCUUCGCAGCCGCCGCAGUCCCACCUGAGUGGGGGCCACAAUGGGGCAGGAGCCACAGGGCCAGCCACCGCCGCCAGCUUGCAUGGUCACGCUCAUGUGCACCAAGUACACAUGGCGGCUGCCGCGGCCGCCACAGUGGCUCAUCAGCAGCAGCACCACCAGAGCCACCAGCACCAGCAUCAUCCACACCACCAGCAUCCACAGCACCAGCCACAGCACACGGCGCUCCGAUCUCCUCCACCCAACGAGCACGCCGGAAGCAUUGGACCAGCUACCAGCAGUUCAGGAGGCGGAGCCAGCUCGAGCAGUGGCGCCGUUGCCACAUCAAGCAGCGCUUCAAGCAGUGGCGCAGGUGUUGGUGGAAACGGAAGUGGAAGCGGCAGCGGCGUUGGUGGACGGGCCGGCAGUGGCGGGGUCAGUGUCAUUACUAGUGCCGAUCCGCACAUGUCCACGGUCCCCACACCAGCCCAAUCGCUGGAGGGCUCCUGUGAUUCAUCAUCUCCCUCGCCAUCGUCCACAUCCGGCGCCGCCAUUUUGCCGAUCUCAGUCUCCGUUAAUCGCAAGAAUGGCGCCAAUGUACCGUUGGGCCAAGACGUUUUCCUAGACUAUUGCCAAAAGCUAUUAGAGAAAUUCCGAUAUCCCUGGGAGCUGAUGCCGCUCAUGUAUGUGAUACUGAAGGACGCUGACGCAAAUAUCGAAGAGGCUUCGCGUCGAAUCGAAGAGGGCCAGUACGUUGUGAAUGAGUACUCCCGUCAGCAUAAUUUGAAUAUCUAUGACGGGGGUGAGCUACGCAACACAACGCGGCAAUGUGGAUGAUAAUUUUUCAUUAACUGAAGUAACGAAUAUUGCGAUUUUAUCUUUGCCCCGAUAUUUAUUGUUCAGCAUCACAAACUUAGCUUAAUGCUUAAGCGAAAAAGCGCGCGCGAGUUCGACUUGAGUAAAUCAAAGUAAAGUAAAUUAAAGUUCUAAGAAGCCAAACCUUUGUAAAUAUAUCGAAUUUAUCGGUAAGCUAAAGCGCCACUGGAUUUUCUUCAAUCAACAAACCAAAUAUAUCGAUGUGUGAGCUGUGACCGUUGCUCCCCACACCCUCCUUCUUCAAUCAACCAAUAACCGCCGCUCUAAGGACGAUGCCUGCCUAUCAAUCAUCAAUCAACAUUCUCUUCUCUUCAAUCAACACUCCCCCAUUGGAUCCUAUUCAACACUCAAGAAACACAAUGCCGCCAACAAAAGAAGUCAACUUUUUGCAUCUAUAAAUUUUAAAUAUUUUCGAAAAAAACCGUAAAUCAACACUCCUCUACAUUUCAACAAUCAACAAAGUGCUUUCAACACAAAUCUGCACAUCGGGUGUAUGAAUUUAGUUCAAAAUUAGAUUAAGUCUUUCUUUAUAUAUUUUCACCGAACAGACCCAGAAAACUCUUCUGACGAGUCACUUGAGUUAUUCCUUUGUUACCUUAGUACUUACAUACAUAAUUGAAGCAUUGAAUCAUUGAAUCAUUGAAUGAUUGAAGAGGUUAUCAGAUACUUAAGUACAGUUCAAAUUGGAUAUCAAUAGGUGCCAUGGAGGAAAUUAUAUUCCAUACUCGUCCAUAUCUAAUCCUGUCCGCUAAUCUCAAAACUGUUUGCUAAGUACGAUAUAUGAGUUUUGUGUUCAAAGAAGAACGAACACAUAUUUCCAGCUGGGAUGUGCUACAAAAAAUUGUUGUGAGAUGGUGCACAAAUAAAAUACAAUAUAUAUAUACAUAUAUACGAGUUAAUAGGUUAACUCUUUCGACGUACUGCGAAACUCUACUUGUAAUAUUUAAUAAUAAUAAUUCUCAUUGUAUAAA